UCCUUCAGUCAGUUAUCUAUUAAUGUGGGCUGCGACUCUUCGAAACAUUAUGAAGACAUUUCCUACAAGCCAAGUUGUCACAUAAAGCUGAAUCCACCAGGAAAACCUAAUGUGAACCAGACAACUGUGACCUGGGUAGCCCAAACUCAGGACCAUUAUUGCAUUAAGCGUUUCAACUCUCAGCUACAGUGGAAAAAAAAUAAUAUGUUGUGGAAUGAUUCCUCUGUUAAGACUAAAGAAAUUAAAUGUGAAUUGCCAUGUGAGGCAAAACUGGAUCCCAGUUUGCUUAUAAAAGAUGAGACUUAUGAAGCGCGUGUUCGUGUGGAGGUUUCAGAUCCAGAUUUUAAUGGAACCUGGAGUGAUUGGAGCCCCACGGUGUCCUGGGUGUCACAAGUGGGAAUGGAGAAUCCAACAUCAGAGUGGGAUGUGGCUCAAGGUGCUUUUACCCUGGUAGCAUUGGGUCUUUUGCUCACUGGCAUAGUCAUCUUUAUCCGCAAAAAAAAGCUAAUCUAUGUGGUGAAGAGUUUCAAAGGUGAACCCUUACCAGAUCCUAGGAAAUCUGACAUUUUUCAGAAUUGGUUUAAUCUGAAAUCUAAAAGUCAAGAAGUUUCCUUUACGUCAAGCUCUGAGAACCCUGCAGCCCAAACUUGGUUAAGUUCUCACUUUACUGGUGAAUACGUUCAAUCUUUCUUGAGCUCGGUGGAAAUCGUCUCUCAUGAAGUAACCUCCACUGUGGAUGCCAUGAUGUUCUGCAAGGCAGAUGUAAAGAUGAUGCCAGAAAGCAACACAUUUGAUUCCAGCAGCUCCAGCUUUUCCAACCCCAGUUACUCCAAGCUUUACCCUUGUGUGCCAAAUGAAAAUCCAAAGUCCUGUGCAGGUGAUGGCCCUUACAAGCCUGUUCAGGGCCAAUGUGACGACAAAAAAACUGAACAGGAUAAGGAAUUUUUGGCAAAAAAAGAUCUGGAAAUGGUCAAGUUGCUUUUUAUGAGAGCUAAUGAAACGGAUUCAGUGGUGGUCUCAGACUAUGAGAAGGUUGGAAAGCAACAGGCUGAGCGCCUCAGGCUCCACAGUGUAGAUUCAGGCAUGUGCAGUUGUGAAGAAGUCAGUCAGGAAAGCAUGGAGGCAGACUGCAUCAAUAUGACUGAAGGACCUGAUGAGGGAACCACCCACAUGGAGGAAAAAGAGGAGGAAGGCAGGGUAGGAAAUAAGACAAAAUUAGAUUUUAAGACAUUGUUUGGAGGCAGUGGGAACAUUUUGGCCAAAAACUCCAUUUGUUCCGAUUACAAACAAAUCCCCAAGCUCUGGUCAGAAGUUAGCAUGAUAGCUGAGGAAAAUGAGAGACAGAAAGACAGCACAGAGAAGGACGAUAAGCCUUAUGAAACAACUUGCUUCCUGUUACCUACUCCUCUUCUCAGUGCCCUCCCACAGCAGCCAUUAAACAAUGAUGGGUCAACUUUAAGCUCAUUUUUACCACCUCUUCACGGUAAUGACAUACUUAAGCAGAUGGCUCUUUCAGGAAGUGCAUUGAAGCAGUCCUGUGCUGAUGGCUACAUGCCAGUGGGCAGAAAAAGAGCUGAUGAUUGACCUUAGUACAGUCAGACAUAAAAUAUCAUUUUUCUCAGUAUUUAACCAGUACCUAUUGUCUAAAUGGAUGGUUAGCUUCAAACAAUGUAAUUUCAUUAAACUGAACUUUUUGUACUGGUUAAUUUAUAAGUAUAUAUUAAAUAUGAGAAACAACCAAAUAUAUGAAUGUACAUAAAAAAAUGCACUUUUGGUUAGCUGGUUAAAACAGCUGAAGCUCAUUGUGAAUGAAAACUCAUUCUGCUUCUUCCAUCCACUUUUCAAACUGGAUUGAGUUUGUUUAUUUUUUUUAUUUUUUUUUUUUGUGUGCAUAUUGUGAGCAGGUUUGAAAGGAAUACACUGGAAUGAAAUUAAAUAGAACAGCUAUUCUAACCCUUGUUGAACCUUUUUGGUUCAAGUUGUCAUCACAGCAGCAAGAAAAUGUAAACUAUUUAAAGACACUGUGUAUCGUUUUUUUGUUUGUUUUUUUUCCCAACAAAGCCCAUUUCUAUAGCUUUCAUACAAACAGUAUUGUUACCUUUUAAGAUUAUUAUCUUCUUUACAGUCAAGAUAAAUGCAAUGCAUUUCUGUCUUAUAGGACAUGAUGAGAGAAAAGACUAACUAAAAAAUCCUAAAAAAUGGAUCAGCACCUGAAUACAUAACAGAUAAGUUUUCAGUGUAUAACCCUCCAAGACCAAUCAGGUCUUCUAGUUCCAGUCUACUCUGUACACCCAGAACUAGAAACACACAUGGAGAAGCAGCCUUUAGUUUCUAUUUUGACGUAUCUGGAGUAAACUCCCAGAAGACUGUAAAAUGCUGAAAUCCUGAGUUCUUUUAAAUGAAAGUUAAAAACCCAUUUGUUUAGAACUGCCUUUGUCUGUUGUAGUUGGACUGUUAACUUAGGUAUUGUUAGUUAAAGAUUGCGAUCCAGCUGUUUUAUAUCCUUAUGUACCUCCUUUUAUCAUGUUUCUUUACUUGCUUUUAUUCUGCUUUUUGUUUUACAAAUGUUUUUUGCUUUUACCCUGCUUUUAUUUCUCUUCUAUUUUAUUAUCUAAUUCAUGUAAAGUACUUUGAAUUGUUCAUUUAGUACUUAAUUGUGAUAUACAAAUAAA